AGAGACAGAAGCCCUAGAUGUUCUGUGUCUUGGGAGCUGGAGGCUGGGCAGCGUCGGGGGCCUCCUCUCCAGCCGUCAGCCCCGUGCAGGGCAGACGCCCCUCGCUGGCCCCGGGGGCCAUCAGCUUCUCCUCGGUCCAUCAGCACAGCCCGCCCAUCACGGCCACGGUGGCCCCGUUCCAGUACAGGUUGCAGACCGAGCCUGAACCCGGGCCCCCUCCCCAGGGCAGCUGGGCCGCGGACGGCUACUCCACGCCCCCCGGCGGGACGGAGGACCGCGUCUCCUGCGUGG